GUCAUGGCGGCAGUUGUUGAUAGUGCACAAAUUUCUGACGUGAAAACCAGGAUAAAUGGUUUCAGUGAUAGCAUAUGUGACUUUUAUGAGUGUUCUAUAUUGUUCAAGUUUCAAUGAUUCAAUUGGCUUCAAACUUGGAUACACUUGCAGUAAAAAUAUGACAAUAAGUUGAAAUUAUCACGUGACCUUGUGUCAAAUAUGGCGGCCAAUAUUUUGCUUGAUUUGAAGAUGCUGUAAAGUGAUGUCGCAAAGGGGGGUUUGUUUAUGUUUACGUUCAGAGGAAUUCAUCGUAUUGUUAUUGUAGAUGUUAUUGCACCAUAUUCCAUGCGAUGAUGUCAGAAAGGAAACGCAAGCGAGGACGUCCUCGAAUAGCCCCCGUUAUUAGUUAUGAGGCUGAAAUGAGGAUGAGAAAUAAUAUUCCCCGUAAUAUAAAGAAACCAAAAUACCUGCGCGAUGCAGAAGAAGAGAGCAAUGCUUCCCGUGCUAGCACUCCUCUUCGUAGCUUCGAAGACGGUAGUGCCCAACCUCAAAAUAAAAAUAAUAGAGGCUAUAACCCCGAAUAUGACGAUAAAAAUUCAGAAUUUCAUUAUGGAUCAGAUUUUGAUUUGGAUGGAACCUCAGAAAACGAAGCUGAAGAGUCAGAUGCUGAGGUUCCUAGUCUCUCGGACUUGGGUCUUCUCAGUGAUGAUGAAGGAGUUCUUAGUGAUGACUCCCAUUUUCCACAAGAUUCAACUCUACCCAGUUCAAUUGCUGCUGUCUCCUCUCCAAACAUAAGCCGCCCAGCCUCUCCAGAAGCUAUUUGGCUACAAAAUAGAAGAGUUCCUCCAAUAACACUACCUCCAUCAGCUGAUGAUUUAUUAAUCCCUUUGGAGUAUUUCAUGCCAGCACUCAGUGUCUAUGAAGUCUUGCAUCAUUUUAGAUCUAUUAUUCGACUUUCACCUUUUAGAUUUGAGGAGUUUUGCGGAGCCCUCCUAAGCACACAGCAGACGGUCCUGUUGGCUGAUAUACACAUAGCUCUGUUGCGUGCACUGGUGAGGGAAGAUGAAUCUCAGGCUACACACUUUGGUCCUUUGGACCAAAAAGACAGCAUCAAUGUUAUGCUCUACCUUGUUGAUGCCGUCACCUGGCCUCAGGUUUUGCACAGCUACCUCAGCAGUGAUUCCUUGGGACAUGAGUCACUUGUUCACAUGAUGGAUAAAUGUAGUUAUCCCUUCACUUCUCUUCAGAACAGACUAACAGUGCUGCGGGUGCUCACUGAUGAGGUGCUGAGCGUGUCAGGCGUGCGGGAGUUGUUCGUGAGUGAGGGGAGACUGCGCUACGAUGAUCAUUGCCGUGCCUGUCAUAAAACCGGGGACUUGCUGUGCUGUGACUCGUGCACUGCAGUAUACCAUCUUGAGUGUCUGGGGGCUGAUGAGGCUCCUGCAAUGCCCAUAGAUGACUGGACCUGCUCCGUGUGCACCAAACACCAGGUGACGGGCGUGACAGAUUGCCUGUCAGUCCCAGAAGCUUCUGGACAGCUGAGCAGACACGACCCCUUAGGAUACGACCGUCACGGUCGCAAGUACUGGUUCCUUGUUCGUCGUCUGAUCAUUGAGAGCAGUGAAGGCUCUGUGUGGUAUUACAGCACCUGCCAACAAGUUCAUGCUGUGCUCUCACUCCUCGAUCCUGCCGAGUACGAGGCUGACCUCAUGGCCAACGUGGAGGACCAGCGACACGAGAUGGACCGGCAGUUGGCGGUCACUGAGAAGCUCACUCGUUCUCUGGCAGGCUCACGACCCAUGGCGCUGGCGGUCGAUGAUGAGGCAAUAACCAAGUUCAUUGCAGAGGCCAGGGACUUGGCUGCUGUCAAGGAUGAGCUCAAGGAGGAGAUCAAGGAUGAAGUCAACCAGGCUAUAGACACCAGUGAUGCCGUGAAGGCAGAAGUGAAGGAAGAGGAUGUAAAGGAGGAGAAAGUAGAGGCAGAAGAGAAGGGCCUCUGGGACCACAGCAUCGUCGGCAGAGCUUGGCAGCUAACGCCGACGCUUGCAGAGCGCGUUACGGCUAACAAGCUCUUGCAGCUGCGCUCUAAUGGCCAGGCAUUUAGAGUUGGCACGGACGGAGGCCAGAGCUACGUGAACCAGUACAGCAGCAAUCCGUUGGCUCUCAACAAACUCCAGCACAACGAAGACCGAGACAAGAAGCGUCAGCUCUCCCACAAGUUCAGCAUCACCAACACCAGUCCUGAGUUCAAGUGGAGCGGCACCACCUACGGAGGGCUGCCGGAGGUGCGUGAGUGUAUCAGAGGCUGCAUGCAGCAGCUGGAGCAGCAGGUGUCCCCCCACUUGCACCAUCCACUUUGGUCGACCCAGCGCAAGGCUUGGCUCAACCAGCUGGCUCGAAGCUCCUCAGCCCGACAGCUGGCUCAGUGCCUGGCUACAUACGUCGCGGCCAUCAAACCCGUCGUAUUCCAGCCCGUGUGGCAUGAAGGGCUCGGCCACGUCCGUCUGUACCGCCUCACGGCCUUCGUGCGCGAGGAGCGAAGGCGGCAGGAGAAGAAGGACAAGAAAGACCUGGAGGUGCAGGUGCUGGAUGAUAUGCGCUCCUGCACGCCGGUGCGAUUCACUAAGCUACCUAAGCAUCAGCUGUGGAAGGUGAAGGGUGAAGAGCAUCGAGCUUGGGUGGGUGAUGGGUGGCGUUGGAUAGCCAGACAUCGUCGGGUGCACCCACAAGAUGCCCGCAAGGUGGGGCUCAGAGCGGGCCCUGACAAGGUUGUCGUGGCUGUCAAGACAGAGAACGGGCUACGUGGACUGCCCGUCACACCUCAAGUCUUUGAAACACUUGCCCUCAAGUCCCCUGAACUCCAGUCCUCGCUGCUGUCCCCCAACCAGUUGCGGCAGUUACAUCCCACGCUCACCCCAAGCGACAGCAACGAGAUUAUCAUCUCUAGUGGAGGUGUGGGCAGCACGACGAAGCAGAAAGUGCAGGUGGUGAUGACGCAGCUGGAGGAGCACUACGAGGACGGCCUCGUGAACGUGUCCCGAUCACUGGGCACCCGCAUGAGGCUCGUGUACCCAAAGAUGCCCCUACCCUGCCCCGCCCUCGACAACCUCCUUGCCAGAAGACUCGCCAUGCCGAGACAUAACAUUAAAAAGGAAGGCGCGGAGUCUGACGGCGAAGAAGCAGACGCCAGCCGCGGAGGCGGCACCGAGGGUUCGCCUGACGUCGCGAGCGCGGGCGCUGCUGACGCUGACAGCAACAUACAGGAAAUUCCUGACAGCCAGAGAUCAGCUACACACAGACUCCGACCCGCUGGCCACCUGCUCAAGGAAAUACGACAGCAUAAGUUGCGUUACGAAGCCCUGGACGAGAGCUUGGGGCUGUACCGCUGCUACUCCCCCAUGUGCGCCACGUCCCCCAGCUGCUGCUACUCCCCCCUCUGCCGCACCAAGUCCCGCGUCAGGGAAAAGCUUAUCAACUCUGUCAAGAACUAUACCAUCGUCACCAGCAAGCCCUCGCCCUUCCCGCAGGUUGGUGUGUAUGACAUCAUCAAGCUCUCUGAAAUGGACUUCAGUGAGGCCGCAGCUGACACCAAGAAGAGUAACAUCAACAACAAUAACAACAGCAGCAGCUUGAAUAGCUUCUUCUCGACUGUCAGCAAAGCUGCAGAAGCAGACGUCAGCUGCAACAAAGCCAGCGACAGCGAGAUCAGCGUGAAGGUCGAGACUGAACUGGAAGAGAGCAGUCAAGAUUGCCAAGACCACCACAAGUUUGCCCUCCUGGAACCAAAGGAAGAGGAGUCUGACCUCCUCUCGCAGACCUGUAGUGGCAAAAUAUACCUCAAGAAACUUGAUACUUCGGAUAGUAAAAACAAACCUCCUCCAAGACUGCCACCUCUUACCACAUGCAGAGUGGGCAAGGACAGGUACAGCAUGCUGGUGCUACCAGCCUGGGAGUUGAAGACGCUGUGCAGACGAUGGUGGCGACACAGCGUGGCAGGUUUUGCUCACGCCGCCAAGAUCAAUCCUGGCGUCUGGCAAUAUCCUUGCCCACGUCCUCUGUUUAAACAGACGUGGCUAUACCGAACUGCCACUCUGAGCACUCUGAGUGCCGUGGCGCUGCAGCUCAGAGUGUUGUGGCACUGCCUGCGCUGGGAAGACAUGCAGGAGAAGGGUGCCAGUGAUGGCAAACGCCACAUCACAACUGACACAGAGAUAGUACAAACAGAAGUGCUCAAAAGGAAGCACUCGGGACGUUUUAACGAGAAGACUGAGUACCUCAGGAGGAAAGUUACGAUUCCCUUUGAGGUGCCCAAGCCUGUUAGAGAGUUCACGCCGUCACAGCGCAGUGGGUUGCGCAAGAGGCGUCGCGCGCAGUCUCCUGAGGACAAGCGUCCUGAGAGCAUGGAGGAGUGGGUGCCCGAGGAGCAGCUGCUGCUGUGGGAGAUCAGGCUCUUUGGGGAGCGGCUGGAGCGAGCCGCCAACCUCCCCAAGAAGGCUGAUAAUCCCUCCCCAAUUGCUACUAAGAUCGCUCUCAGUGGCAGCUCAUUUGAGAUCAAGCAGCGCAUGGAGGAGACACUGAAGCAGCAGCGCAGCGUCUUCCAGCAGCAGCAGCGUGAGGGGACUGCCACCCCAGCCAAGACUAUGCUCAAAAUAUCCUCCAUUACAAGUGGCGACGGCAAGACAGUGACGGCUGUAAAGACUGGUCCGUUGAGCAACAUCACCGCCGCCAAGAAGCUCGUACGCACCAAAGAUGGCCGCAUCAUCAGCGUCCAGACUCUGGGAAAUUUAGCUCCUGCUUCUGCACGUCUCCCGAAGGUGCAAAUAUCUCCUCAGCCGCAGCUUCAGCACGUCACACCGACGGCGAACAAAGUUAUUCGUCUGCAGAACGUAGCAGGAAACCCGCGUAUGAUCUUGCCUCGUGCGCCUCGUCCCAUCGUUCAAGUCGCGCCUACCCCGCCCCAGGUCCUCACAACUGCUCCCGCCCCUGCCACCAUCAGGCUGGCCAAUCAGAACAUUCAGAUAAUCCGCCUCCCUGAUGGACAGAUCAAGGUUAAGGGUUUGCUUGACGGACAGCAGAUGAUUCAACGACCUGAUGGAAAAUUCCAGCUGAUAAACAGCAAACCUGUUAAUGCUACACCUAUGGUGCACGCUGUACAGCAGCCCAAGCCAGCAGUGGUGCUGCCUAACUCCCCUCAGCUGGUCAAGUUGAAUGGCCAGCAGGUGGUGCUGCGCAAGGAAGGAUCACAGGUGGUUAGUGUGAGUACCAGCGAGGCUAUCAGGACUGCAACUGGUGUUAUCAUCAACCAGAGACCAACCAUCCCCACCGGUAGUGUUUUAAUUAACCAGAAAGCAACUGUGGUAAAUUCCAGCCCAGUGAAACUUGCGCCCGAUGGGUCUUAUGUGAGCUCAUCAACACCUUCAUCUGUGGCAUCUGGUACCACCGCCACGAGUACCCAGCCGGACACGCUCACUCUGAAGGUUCAGGUGCGCAUGACACAACAAGGGCCUAAGACGAUCAUCCAGGGAUUACUUCCUAGCGUGGGGCUCACCAAAGAUCACAUUCGUGCCAUUCAACAACAGGUGCGAUCCAUGCUAGCUCAGUACAACCUGCAGGUUGACCAGCUUUCGCCCAUCAUGACACUGACUCUUCAAGUGGGUGGUGCCACCAGUGCGCAGCCCGUCAUGGUUCCUCAACCAUUACAACAACAACAACCGCAAACACAACAACAACCACAACAACAGCCGCAACAGGUCACUAUUGUGCGCACGUCAACACCCUCACUGAAAGUUCCUGCUGUUCUUGCGCUCAAGAACAAUAGCACAGCCACGUACAUACGAAUGCCAGGAGGAGCUAUUGUUCCAGACAAGAAACCUGCUGCUGCCAGUCCUGUCAACCAAGGCAAUGGUCAGUUUGUUCUCACUAACAACUACAUUCAAGAGACCAUUCAAAGCGCUCUUGGAAGUAACGACCUGGCUCCUGAUGUUCAAGAAAAGCUCAUCCAGCUUAAAAAGUACAACUCGGAACAGUUAACGCAUGAUGCUUCGUCUAACACCGGCAACAGUGGUACACCAGUUGCUGCUGCAGCAGUCGUUUCCCCCGCUGUGACACCUGCGUCUAAAAGAGCUAGGGAUGCCAGCGAGGGGAGUAGCAGUGAGGGAAAGAAAGGACGAGGAGGCAACAAGCGUCCCCGCACAAGCGAAAGCAACAAACAGUCCCCCACCACUCACAGUCCUGCUCGGCGCCCACCCCACGUUACUGGCGAGGACGGGACACCCCCAUCCAGCAAGAAGCGGCGCAGCGGAGGAGCGGCCGCCACGUCGCCCGCUGACGAUGCCAAGAGAAAGUCGACGGCGCGUCUGGAGGUGCAGCUCAGCCGCCACAAGGACCUCCUCAAGAAAGACAUUCUCAAGAAGAGAGCACUCCUCGAGAAAGACUUGCAGCUCCAGAUACACAGGGAGCUGAACAUUGCCAAGCAGCAAGUGGAGGUGUUAGAGAAGAAGGCUGCAAUCGGUCCAUCUAAGAUCGGCUCUCCUAAUAAAAAGAAAAAGAAACCUGGUGCAGCGGACCAAUGCAGCUCUAUGCCCGGCGCGUCCACUACCGAGACCUCCCUCGGGAAGGGCGCCACGUCGCCCUCACAAAACCCCAAGAAACACAAGUCUUCCAGCAAUAAAAAACUAAAGAAUAAACACAAGAAAAUCGUCUGCAUUUGUCGGACGCCAUUUGAUGAUACCAAAUUCUAUGUUGGCUGCGAUCUUUGUGCCAAUUGGUACCACGGACAGUGCGUGGGCAUCACGGAGGCUCUCAGCAGGACCAUGAACGAGUAUAUAUGCGACGACUGCGCUAACGCAAAGAUGAACAAGGAACUCUACUGCUUCUGCAGACAGCCAUACGACGAGACGCAGUUUUACAUCUGCUGCGAGCAGUGCGAAGACUGGUACCACGGCAGAUGUGUGGGCAUAAUGCAGGGCGAAGCUGACGAUAUUGAUGACUACAUUUGUCCUAAGUGCCAGCCAAACAACGUCUGGAACUUGCCAUGUCAAAAGAAACUCACCAAUAAAGAUUACACCGAACUCAAGAAAUUAGCCAAGACACUUGUGGCACACAAGAACGCCUGGCCCUUUUUGGAUGCCGUUGACCCCAGCGAGGUACCAGACUACUACAAGGUUGUGCGUCAGCCCAUGGACCUACGCACUAUUGAGCGUCGCGUCAAGGAUCAUCAUUACAAUCGCCUUGCUGAUUUUGUUGGAGAUAUAAUCUUAUUGCUGGAUAACUGCCGGCUCUACAACCCUCCUAACUCCUCCUUCGUGUCAUGUGCUGCAACUCUAGAGUCAUUUUGUUGCUCAAAAUUGAAACUUUUAAAGCUGAAAUUAACGAAUCAACUCCCCUCCCAGCCCUGACCUCGGAAGUGAACUCAUAGGAAAACGAACCCUCUGUAAAUAUCAGGCUCAAAUUCUCACGCAGUGUAAGAUUUCAACAUAAUAUCUCAUGCUCAUCCAAAUUGAGAUGUCAUCACGACUGUCGCAUGCUUAACCAAACUGGUGAGGUCUUUCUGUGGUGAAACAAGCUUAUCCAGGAAAAUCGUAAUUUAUAAUUUUAUUAUAAUUUUUGAGUCUCGUUUUCUGUGAGUUUCCUCUGAAUGAUCUGCUUUCCUUGCCUCUGCUCUCGCUAAUGUGGCGUGCCAUGCGGCAACUGCUCAUGUCUUGAACUACUUUGCUCAUGUAUCUUAUGUGGUGGAAACUGGACAGCUUUCGUUGCACACUUCACUCGCAUAAUUUGAACUGCUUCGAGUAUUUUUUCAGAAAGCUAAGUAGCCUAUAAUAAUUUGGAUAUUUUUUUCCAUGGAACUUAGCUGCUUCUAAGAAUGUACAAUUAUUUUGAAAAUUGCGUAAGCCUCGAUUUUUCUGUUCUGCAUGUACAAUAUUCGGGAGCGUGAGGAAGAAGGAUGGAGACGAGAAGCCAUCGUGACUAAUUUUUGGUAUUUAUUUUCCAUCGCCGAGGCGUUUACAACCAGCGCGUCCUGUAUUCAUGAAUUGACGCGUAUGAAUAUUCAAUAUUGACGGCUACAUGUCCAACAUCAUCGAUCCAUUCACAUUUAUGAGGACUGUACAUAUGUCGACAUUUAAAUUGUAUAGCUUUAAUGUAAAUUGUAUAUUGAGAAAAUGCGGAUAUCUCUACCGACUGUCGAGUACUUCAUAUGAUCAGUAGCAUUUGUGAACUCGAGCUUCAGAACUCUUCGAUUCUGCUGUACGUCAAGUGUUGAGCGUGAGUCUUCUUAUACUCCUAAGGGGCUGUAAAAAGUGUAACUGUGUACAGACUCACCUUCCGAUCUAUGCACCCGACUUCUCAUAUGGGACUGUUUUCUUUAUUUGACUUUUGAUAGUGUAUCGUGCGAAAAGAGGAGGCAGCGGCGUUCUUGCAAAUGGGGCGAGCUUAGUUAUUACAGGCGUGCGUAUCACCGCGUUUAUUGACAUUUAUUAUUAAUAAACAGAGUACAUAUUGAUUUUGAAUUAUUCAGCACUCAUUCUACUUAUUUGUGGUGUU